ACUUUUGAAAGUGCCGAAAGUUAAGAGAAAAACACAAAUAAUAUGAUUGACCUGACUGAAAAUCUUUUUUGACAUCCACUAAUAGUGUCCGCGUACAUCUUAAUUCGCAUAAAAAAAAGAGUGAUGUUUUUUAGAGACGAAUGUCAGUUACCGAGAGAGGCAUUAUUUAUGCCGAAACUAUGGAAGGUGGACGUCCAAAACUUGGAGGCCUUAUGGAUCCAAGACAAGGCGUCAUUGAAAGAAAUUCACGAUGUCAAACCUGUGCUGGCAACAUGACUGAGUGCCCGGGACACUUUGGCCACAUAGAUCUUGCCAAGCCCGUUUUCCAUAUUGCUUUCAUCACCAAAACGAUUAAAAUUCUGAGAUGCGUAUGUUUCUUCUGUUCAAAAAUGUUGGUCAGUCCCCAAAAUCCAAAAAUCAAAGAAAUAGUCAUGAAAUCCAAAGGUCAACCACGAAAGCGUUUGACUUUCGUUUACGAUCUAUGCAAAAGUAAAAAAAUAUGCGAAGGAGGUGACGAAAUGGAUAUCAAUAAAGAUGGUUUAGUGCUGGAUCCGAACAAAAAGUUGAGCCACGGUGGCUGUGGCAGAUAUCAGCCAAAUUUACGCAGAUCUGGCUUGGACAUCACAGCGGAAUGGAAGCAUGUGAACGAAGAUACGCAAGAAAAAAAAAUCGCACUAACUGCCGAACGAGCUUGGGAAAUUCUCAGGCACAUAACAGACGAGGAGUCGUUCAUUCUGGGAAUGGAUCCCAAGUUCGCGAGGCCGGAUUGGAUGAUAAUAACCGCCUUACCGGUGCCACCGCUUUCGGUCAGACCAGCAGUAGUAAUGUACGGCUCGGCUAGGAAUCAGGACGAUUUAACGCAUAAGCUCUCGGAUAUCAUCAAGUCGAACAAUGAAUUGGUGAAGAACGAGCAGUCCGGUGCAGCUGCUCAUAUUUUACACGAAAACUUGAAAAUGUUGCAAUUUCACGUCGCCACGCUGGUCGACAACGACAUGCCUGGUAUGCCAAGGGCCAUGCAAAAAUCUGGAAAGCCACUCAAAGCUAUCAAAGCUCGCUUGAAAGGCAAAGAGGGUCGAAUCAGAGGCAAUCUAAUGGGAAAGCGCGUCGAUUUUUCAGCGAGAACCGUCAUUACGCCAGAUCCAAAUUUGAGAAUUGAUCAAGUCGGCGUCCCUCGAAGCAUCGCGCAAAACCUCACUUUCCCGGAAAUCGUCACACCCUGCAACAAGAACCUCAUGAAGGAACUCGUGCAAAGAGGCAAUACCCGUUAUCCCGGGGCCAAAUACAUCAUCAGAAAUAAUGGCGAUCGUAUCGACUUGCGCUUUCAUCCAAACCCAUCGGAUCUACAUUUGGAGUACGGUUACAAAGUUGAGAGACAUAUCAGGGAUGGUGAUUUAGUUAUUUUCAAUCGCCAACCCACUCUUCACAAAAUGAGUAUGAUGGGCCAUAGAGUCAAAGUUUUACCUUGGAGUACGUUCCGUAUGAAUUUAAGUUGCACCUCGCCUUAUAACGCCGACUUCGAUGGGGACGAAAUGAACUUGCACGUACCUCAAUCAAUGGAAACCAGAGCGGAAGUGGAAAAUAUUCACGUCACUCCUCGUCAAAUUAUAACCCCACAAGCCAAUAAACCAGUCAUGGGUAUCGUCCAGGAUACUUUGACAGCUGUUCGGAAGAUGACAAAGAGAGACGUGUUUAUCGAUAAAGAACAAAUGAUGAACCUUCUCAUGUUCUUACCAAACUGGGAUUGCAAGAUCCCCAAGCCGUGCAUCCUCAAACCUAAACCUCUUUGGACUGGCAAACAGUUAUUUUCCCUAAUUAUUCCAGGAAAUGUGAAUAUGAUACGAACACACAGUACACACCCAGAUGAAGAAGACGAUGGGCCGUAUAAGUGGAUUUCACCGGGUGACACUAAAGUUAUGGUUGAACACGGGGAAUUGAUAAUGGGCAUUUUGUGUAAAAAAACACUCGGUACUUCGGCCGGUUCCUUGUUACAUAUUUGCAUGCUGGAAUUGGGACACGAUGUGUGUGGUAAAUUCUAUGGCAAUAUUCAAACUGUUAUCAAUAAUUGGUUGUUGUACGAGGGACAUUCCAUUGGUAUUGGCGAUACCAUUGCUGAUCCUCAAACCUAUAUGGAAAUUCAGAAAGCUAUUAAAAAGGCCAAAGAAGAUGUCAUAGAGGUUAUUCAGAAAGCUCAUAAUAUGGAGCUUGAGCCAACACCUGGCAAUACUCUUCGUCAGACUUUCGAAAACCAAGUAAACAGAAUCCUCAACGAUGCUCGUGAUAAAACUGGAGGAUCUGCGAAAAAAUCUUUGACUGAAUACAACAAUCUUAAGGCUAUGGUGGUAUCAGGGUCUAAGGGAUCAAACAUCAAUAUUUCUCAAGUUAUUGCUUGCGUAGGACAACAGAACGUAGAAGGUAAACGAAUACCAUUUGGUUUUCGUAAACGUACUUUGCCCCAUUUCAUCAAGGACGACUAUGGUCCGGAAUCCAAAGGCUUCGUGGAAAAUUCUUAUUUAGCUGGACUGACACCAUCGGAAUUUUAUUUUCAUGCUAUGGGAGGUCGCGAAGGUCUUAUUGAUACUGCUGUAAAAACUGCCGAAACUGGUUACAUUCAGCGUCGUUUAAUUAAGGCUAUGGAGUCCGUGAUGGUUCACUACGACGGUACGGUCAGAAACUCCGUUGGCCAACUCAUUCAGUUACGUUACGGCGAAGACGGCCUAUGCGGAGAAACUGUUGAAUUUCAAAAUUUACCUACUAUAAAACUUAGUAAUAAGGCUUUCGAGAAAAAGUUCAAGUUCGAUCCGAGCAAUGAGAGAUAUCUCAGGCGCAUAUUUAAUGAGGAAAUCGUUCGAGAAAUGAUGGGCUCUGGGGAAGUAGUGUCAGAAUUGGAACGAGAGUGGGAACAACUUAACAAAGACAGGGCAGCUCUGCGGGAAAUUUUUCCAAGUGGCGAAUCAAAAGUUGUACUUCCUUGCAAUUUACAGCGAAUGAUAUGGAAUGUGCAAAAAAUCUUCCGCAUCAACAAACGAGCUCCAACUGAUUUGAGCCCGAUGAAAGUAAUUCAAGGAGUCAAAGAACUUUUGGACAAGUGCGUAAUUGUAGCAGGUGAAGAUCGACUGAGUAAGCAAGCCAAUGAAAAUGCAACAUUGCUCUUUCAAUGCUUGGUGCGAUCGACUCUGUGCACCAAAGUCGUUUCGGAAGAAUUUAGACUGUCUAGCGAAGCUUUCGAAUGGUUGAUAGGAGAAAUCGAAACUAGAUUUCAGCAAGCGCAGGUUGUACCCGGUGAGAUGGUUGGUGCUUUAGCCGCUCAAUCCUUAGGUGAGCCGGCCACACAGAUGACAUUGAAUACAUUCCAUUUCGCUGGAGUAUCUUCUAAGAACGUAACUCUCGGAGUGCCACGACUGAAGGAAAUCAUCAACAUCAGUAAAAAGCCCAAAGCGCCUUCUUUGACCGUUUUUCUCACUGGAGCCGCCGCCAGAGAUGCCGAAAAAGCAAAGAACGUUCUUUGCCGGCUCGAGCAUACAACUCUCAAAAAAGUUACUGCAAAUACGGCAAUUUAUUAUGAUCCUGAUCCUCAAAAUACGGUAAUUUCUGAAGAUCAAGAAUUCGUCAAUGUGUACUACGAGAUGCCGGACUUUGAUCCUACGAAAAUCUCACCUUGGUUACUACGUAUCGAGCUCGAUCGCAAAAGAAUGACGGAUAAAAAGUUGACGAUGGAGCAGAUAGCCGAGAAAAUUAAUGCAGGCUUUGGCGACGAUUUGAAUUGCAUAUUCAACGACGAUAACGCCGAAAAACUCGUUCUCCGAAUUCGUAUCAUGAACAGCGAAGACAAUAAAUUUACCGAUGCGUCUGACAUGGAAGACGCUGUUGAUAAAAUGGAAGACGAUAUGUUUCUUCGUUGCAUCGAAGCCAAUAUGCUAAGCGACAUGACUCUGCAGGGCAUUGAGGCAAUCGGCAAAGUAUACAUGCACUUGCCUCAAACUGAUGCGAAGAAAAGAAUCAUCAUAACGGAGACAGGCGAGUUCAAAGCAAUUGCCGAAUGGUUGCUCGAAACGGACGGCACAAGUUUAAUGAAAGUACUGAGUGAACGCGAUGUUGACCCAGUGCGAACCUUCUCCAAUGAUAUUUGCGAGAUAUUUCAAGUACUGGGCAUCGAAGCUGUAAGAAAAUCCGUCGAGAAAGAGAUGAACGCUGUGCUGCAAUUCUAUGGACUGUACGUCAACUACCGUCACUUGGCCUUGCUUUGCGACGUCAUGACCGCCAAAGGACAUCUCAUGGCCAUUACUCGCCAUGGCAUUAACAGACAAGACACAGGCGCCCUUAUGAGGUGUUCUUUCGAAGAAACAGUCGAUGUGUUAGUGGAUGCAGCUUCGCACGCCGAAGUCGAUCCCAUGAGAGGUGUAUCGGAAAACAUAAUUAUGGGUCAGUUACCUCGGAUCGGUACUGGUUGCUUCGAUCUUUUACUCGAUGCAGAAAAAUGUAAACAGGGUAUUGAGAUCCCCUUAGAUCCAGAUGCCAACAUACUGGGUAGUACGGGUAUUUUCUUCAGCAGCGCCAGUACACCUAGUAUGAGUCCGUCGGGCUUCAAAACUCCUUGGCUAGGAGAAACUCCUGGAUAUGGGGGCAUAGGAAUGUCUCCUAGCUUAGGUAGUGGAAUGACGCCUGGAGGGGCCUGUUUUUCUCCAUCCGGACAAUCCGACGCGUCUGGCUUAUCUCCCGCUUACGCUUUUUCGCCUCAACCGGGAAGUCCUGGCAGUCCUGGACCAAGUAUGAGUCCUUAUCCAAUGUCACCAGCCAGUGGCGCUUCUCCGAGCUAUUCGCCAACGAGUCCGGCUUACCAAUUGCCAAUGUCGCCAAGCAUGACACCGUCGAGCCCUACUUACUCACCAACUUCACCGAAUUACUCGCCAACUAGUCCAAAUUACUCACCAACGAGUCCAAGUUACUCUCCAACUAGCCCAAGUUACUCUCCAACUAGUCCGAGCUACUCACCAACGAGUCCUAGCUAUUCACCAACAUCCCCGAGUUAUUCUCCAACGAGCCCUAGCUAUUCUCCCACGAGUCCCAGUUAUUCUCCGACUAGUCCUAGUUACUCACCAACGAGUCCGAGUUACUCGCCAACGUCACCCAGUUAUUCCCCAACUAGUCCCAGCUACUCCCCGACUAGUCCAAGUUACUCACCUACGAGUCCAAGUUACUCUCCAACUUCACCUAGUUAUUCGCCGACGAGUCCUAGUUACUCACCCACAAGCCCUAGUUACUCGCCAACGUCACCAAGUUAUUCACCGACUAGCCCAAGCUACUCACCUACGAGUCCCAGUUAUUCUCCUACUUCACCGAGUUAUACGCCCGUUUCUCCUUCGUACUCGCCAUCUUCUCCCAAGUAUUCUCCGACUUCGCCGAGUUACUCUCCCACCUCGCCAUCGUUCGCUGGUACUUCCCCGCAAUACACUCCAACUUCUCCCACUUAUUCGCCCACGAGUCCCUCGUACUCGCCAACAUCUCCAAGUUAUUCGCCAAGUUCCCCACAGCAUAGUGGAAGUACGAAAUAUUCACCGAGCAGCCCUAAUUAUUCUCCGACAUCUCCGACUUAUUCUCCAGGAAGUACCAAAUACUCUCCUACGUCACCAACCUACUCGCCAACUAGUCAUUCUUAUUCACCGACAUCGCCAAGUUAUUCUCCGACUUCUCCGGCUUACUCGCCUCAAGCUCAAAGCUACUCUCCUACGAGUCCGACGUACUCUGCAUCUUCACCAACUUAUGAGACUGAUGAAACUUAAAUUUUAAAUUAUCAUUUUUGAUAACUUCUUAUGAU